UUUCACAGGUUAAGGUCGACCUGCUUUACUCGAUUUGCCGGCACCAGUGACACAUCGCCGCGAUGACCGCCCCUACGACUGACGCAGAUGUGAUGCCGAUGUUCUUCUUGAACCCUGAAGGACCUUCCGUUGGCGAUAAGAAAGACGAUGGCGCGAGCAAUAGUCCCACCAAGUCGUCGUAUGCCAACCUGCCCCGACAAAACUACCAGAACCCAUGGGAAUCGAAUGGUUUGGACCGUCAAUACCAGUCCCUUCGCAAGCGUGCGGGUGGUGCCGAUGCUUUGUCGGCGUCCACGGCUUCCAGCGACGACUCGACUUCAUCCAUCCCCACGAACUCGCUGUUUGCUUCGUUGUCGUCCAAACUGGACACACGACCGCCUUCCUCGUCGUCGUCGUCCACGGCCGCCGCCGCAGCGCCAUCGUCGUUUCUGUUUCCGAGCUUGCAAGCCCAAGAAUGGGGCCACGACCAACUGUACUGGAUCACCGUGUUUGGCUUUCCACUGCAAGACAUGGACGUGGUUCUGUCAUACUUUCAAACUGUCGGCGACGUGGCGCAAUACCGCCACGGCCGCGGCAACUGGCUCUAUCUCCGAUACCAAACCCGUCUGCAAGCCGAACGUGCGCUCUUCGAGUCCGGAUCUACCCUCGGCGGUCGCGUCAUGAUCGGCGUCAAGCGAUGUCUGGCGUGGGAGAUGGACGCCGAUGCGCCCGUGGUUAACGUCACCGACGCGGCAUCAGCGCACGCUCCGGCCAUGCUGUCGCGGGACCUGCAAGUCAACCCCACCGACGUCGACGUGAUGGAGUCCCCUCGUCGCCACGACGACAUUUGCUCGAGGUUUCUCCGCUUUCUCUUCAACAUAUAAGUCCAUGAACAACAGCAACAAUACACGUAACUACACUAUCUCGUCGUUGGCGUGCAUCUAUCUAAUGGUCUCCAUAACGGUAACUACUCGGAUGCUGUAAGUUACUAAUCGAAUUUUGAGUGACUUGAUUGACC